AUGGCACAGCUCAUGUACGCGCCAUGGACGUCGGACGUCGAGCUCGCCUUCUACAGUGCACUGGCGAACAUCAAGAUCAACCACGACAAGCUCGACUCGUCCGCUCGGAAAGUGCUCGGACUGUACGAGAUCAACCACAAGGACGCACCGGAACGCAGCACUCGCAUGCAAAUACAUGGCACUGCACUGACCACUGACGAAGUGCAGAAGGGCUUCUUCCGAGCAGAAGGCUUCAUCCGCAACUUCAACACGAUCGACGAGUUUCGACAGGUCGACAAAGCCGCCCACAUAGAAAGAGCUGGUCGCAUGAUCUGGGACGCCAUCAAGGAUGGAACAAUAUACUCCUGCCCUUCACUACUGUGCUCCUUCUCCGCAGUAUGCUUCGCCGACUUGAAGAAAUACAAGUUUACAUACCACUUCGCAUACCCAGCCAUACAUUCGGACCCCUCGUGGAAACUCGUCGUGCCGAACGACAACCCACAAGCUGCUAUUAGGAAGCUGGACCCAAAGGAGACUGAAAUGCUUGUCGAUGCCGUGCAGACAUGGAGAUACAGCGUAGACAGCAGACAGCAUGGCUUCUUCCUGGCCAAGCGACUGCGCAAAGAAGUGUUGGAGGCAGAGUGGCGGGCGGGCAGAGGAGAAGUGGAGGAGGAAGGAGAGGACGGCAACCUUUGCACGAAACCAUCUAGGGGGAAAUCGCGGACUAGUAGUCUCAGCGAAGUGGGCUUCCUCUGGUGGAUCGGCUCCCUGUCCAGCUACGAGAAUGGCUUUUUCGACAAUGCUCGUCCAGAGGAUCGAUAUGUAUGCUUCGCCGACCCUUCAACUUACUCCGAGAACCCUGGCUGGAUGCUACGAAAUCUGCUCGUGCUCGUGCGACAAAGAUGGCAUCUGGACAAUGUCAAGAUCAUCUGCUACCGCGACGUUCAUGCACGAAGGGAACACCCCACAUCGCUGCUGAUGGACCUGCAGUCAGCUGAACCAGUCUACCAAAUCCCGCAGGACCAACUUGAUCGAGCGGCACAGCAGUCGAGCCUUGGCACUAGCACUGCCUUCACGCCUGAUCAAGUCGAUCAAUUCGGCGAACUCAUCACAGACAAGCUGAAAGGAACUGACUCGCUUCCUCUUCGGCCGAAAACACCACCUGCUAGCGCAACACAGUUCACGAAAGCCACUGGCUGGGAACGUUCGGAUCAGGGUAAAGUCAUUUCGCGUACGGUCGAUUUGGCCGCUUAUCUGGACCCUUCCAGGCUGGCCGACCAAGCGGUCGACCUGAACUUGAAACUGAUCAAGUGGAGGAUAGCACCGUCUAUCGACCUGGAGACUAUCAAGCACACGAAAUGUCUGCUGUUGGGCGCUGGCACAUUGGGCGCCUAUGUCGCACGAAAUCUUAUGGGCUGGGGAGUGAAGAAGAUUACUUUCGUUGACGAUGGACGAGUCAGCUACUCAAACCCCGUCCGACAACCACUGUACGACUUCAAAGACUGCCAGAAUGGUGGCGUGUGGAAAGCGCAGCGGGCAUCUGAUGUUCUUUCAGGGAUAUACCCUGGCGUUGACUCCGAAGGUGUAGUAGUCAGCGUACCAAUGGCAGGUCAUCCCAUCAUUGGUGACGAGACGAAGGUGCAGCGACAGUUCGAACAGCUGAAGGGGCUUGUCGAUGCCCACGAUGCUAUUUUCUUACUCAUGGACACCAGAGAGGCUAGAUGGCUACCUACAGUCAUGGGCAAGUCCGCUGGCAAGAUCGUCAUCAACGCUGCUCUCGGAUUUGACACAUACAUGGUCAUGCGACAUGGACAAAGAGCACCGCCUGCGCCGAGACCGUCUGUGGAGGAAAGUGCUGAAGGCACUGUCUUGACACAUCCGAAGGAUGAACAGAAUCCUCUACUUGCUGCAGCAUCGGAUCCGAUCGUCAAUGGAAACGGUGCGAAGGGCGAGCCUGAAGAACUUGGCUGUUACUUCUGCUCCGAUGUCGUUGCGCCGGCUGAUAGCAUGAAGAAAGCAACGCUGGAUCAGCAGUGUACGGUAACAAGACCAGGCGCAGCGCCAAUCGCCUCAGCUCUGGCAGUUGAGCUUCUGGUUUCAAUUACGCAGCACAAGCUCAAAGGAAGAGCACCAGCACCUCCAGAACUGAAGUCUGUUGCUAUUGCUCAAGCACCCGAUACAGACCCUUCUUUGCCCAACUCGCACCCUCUCGGGACCGUACCACAUCAGCUUCGCGGCUACAUGUCAACCUGGCAAACACUGCAGAUCAGAGGGCAACCGUACGACUGUUGCGCAGCCUGUUCGCCGAAAGUACUCGAAGCUUACGAGCGUGAUGGUUGGAGCUUUUUGAAGCACGCUCUCAACGACAAGGGCUACGUGGAAGAGAUCUCCGGUCUGGCUGAAGUGCAACGACAGGCCGAAGCAGCGGCACAGGCGAUGGAGGCGCAGGAGGACGACUGGCCUGAAGAAGAUGAAGAAGGCGAGCUGAUAUAG